UGCCCUGCUCCCUGCCCCGGAGAGGCAGAGAGGGAGGCGCAGGAGGUGGGACCUGCGGGCGGGAACGCUUGGGGACGCCGGCGCACGCGGAGCGGGGACCCCGGGAGAGCACGCUGCGAAGAGGAGGAGCUGGAGCGGGAGCGGAGCGUGCGGCGGGAGAACCGGAGGAAGUCGUCCCGGCCGUAAGAGCAGAGGAGCGGCCGGGAGCAGCCGGGCCUGGGGGGUCCCGGGCUGAGGCCAAGGGGUCUAGGGUCGCAGCCCCGAGUCCCCGCCGCUGCGAUCGUCCGGGAGCAGCAGCUGUGCCGCGCUGCAGGCGGCGGCGGGAGGAGGAGGAGGAGCCGCGCGGCGGUCCGGGGUGCCGGGAGAGGGCCGCGCUGGAUGACCCGCUGACUGCGGCCAUGCAGCUUUGACGGGGCGCUCCGGCUUGCGGGGACAGCCACGGGGCGCGCCCUCCCGGGAAGGACAGCGGGCGCAGGCAUCAGGACUUCACAUCCGGCUCUAGCCCAGCUGGGAGCGAAGCCGUUUACCAUGGAACCCGUGACCAAGUGGAGCCCCAAACAAGUAGUGGACUGGACUAGAGGGUUAGAUGAUUGCCUGCAGCAGUAUGUCCACAAGUUUGAACGGGAGAAGAUAAAUGGAGAGAAGCUGCUGCAGAUUUCCCACCAGGAUCUUGAGUUGCUGGGCAUCACACGGAUUGGACACCAGGAACUUGUGUUGGAGGCCGUCGACCUUCUCUGUGCACUGAAUUAUGGCCUUGAAACUGAUAAUAUGAAAAAUUUGGUUCUGAAACUGCGAGCGUCUUCCCACAACUUACAGAAUUACGUAUGUAGUCGGCGAAAGAGUCCGGCUUAUGAUGGGAACACGUCGCACAAGCCCCCCAAUGAGUUCCUUACUUCGGUAGUGGAGCUCAUAGGCGCUGCCAAGGCCUUGCUGUCUUGGCUGGACCGGGCUCCGUUCACAGGGAUCACCGAUUUCUCAGUAACAAAGAACAAAAUCAUUCAGCUUUGCUUGGACCUGACCACUACAGUCCAGAAGAAUUGUCUUGUAGCAGAAAUGGAAGAUAAAGUUCUAACCAUAGUCAAGGUUUUAAAUGGCAUUUGUGACAAAACAAUCCGCUCCACCACGGACCAUGUUAUGAGCCAGUGUGCCUGCCUGGAGGAAGUAAAGUUAUCAAACAUUAAGCCCGGGGAAGGCCUGGGCAUGUACAUCAAAUCAACCUAUGAUGGCUUGCACGUGAUUACUGGAACCACCGAGAACUCUCCUGCGGACAAAUCUCAGAAGAUUCACGCUGGUGAUGAAGUCAUUCAGGUUAAUCGGCAAACGGUGGUGGGCUGGCAGCUAAAAAACCUGGUGAUAAAAUUGAGAGAGAAUCCCACUGAAGUUGUAUUGCUGCUUAAGAAGCGCCCCACAGGUUCUUUCCACUUAACUCCUGCUCCCCUGAAAAACCUACGGUGGAAGCCGCCUCUUGUGCAGACCUCGCCUCCUCCCACGACUACCCAGUCCCCUGAAAGCACCAUGGAUACCUCUCUGAAGAAGAAGCAAGCCAUCCUGGAUCUUUAUAUCCCUCCCCCGCCAGCUGUUCCCUACUCUCCCCGGGAUGAGGACUGGAGUUCUGUUUUUGGAGGACUCAGCAAGUGUACAAAACCAUUUCCUGGUCCUAAGGGUUCGGAGUCCCCAAAUUCCUUUUUGGACCAGGAAAGUCGAAGACGGAGAUUUACCAUUGCCGACUCGGAUCAGUUGCCUGGCUAUUCAGUGGAAACCAGUGUUCUGCCCACAAAAAUGAGGCAGAAAACCCCAUCUUACGGCAAGCCCCGGCCUUUGUCCAUGCCUGCGGAUGGGAGCUGGAUGGGGAUCGUGGACCCUUUUGCCAGACCUCGAGGUCAUGGGAAGAAAGGUGAGGAUGCUCUUUGCCGGUAUUUCAGCAAUGAACGGAUCCCUCCGACCAUCGAGGAAAGCCCCUCUCCCCCGUACCGCUUCUCGAGGCCCACAACGGAGAGGCAGCUGGUCCGGGGCGCAGACUACAUCCGAGGGAGCCGGUGCUAUCUCAGCUCAGAUCUCCAUAGCAGUGCCACCAUCCCAUUCCAGGAGGAAGGGACCAAAAAGAAAGCCGUGUCCUCGGGGGCCAAGUCCUCUUCCACAGAACCGAACCUGCUGAUCAGCUGGUUUGCUCGCCUGAGACUGUUGACUCAGUGAGGCCUGCCUCCUGGAGACCCCCUCACUGUCUCCUGCGCCCAAGUGCCUUGCUUCCUCAGUGGACUACCUGUUGUCAUUUGCAUCCACAGUAUUAUGUAGAGACCAUAUGCAAAUGCUUUAAAAAAUUUUUUUUUUGGAGAAUUGUGUGCUGCCUCUCUCAGAAUUUUGAAUUAAUUGGGUGGGAACAAAUCUAAAGAGUCCUAACUGCUGGCUUGUGGAGGCCGAAGGAAAGACAUGGGUAGGGUCUGUCUUUUCUUGUUUCCUUAGAGUGGGGACAUAGAACCACACUCUACCAACUGGAGCCGCUGCCAAGGCUUACGGUCACGAGGAGGAACUGGGGUAUUGUUCGUUUUGGGGGCGGGAUCGAAUUGGUGGCCAUUGCCACACAGAUGUGUUGGUUUGCGGUCCAACUUCUUCACUUAUAAAAACCAGUGGAGAAGCAUUUGGUUUUGAUUUUUCAAGCCACACCCCACAUUUGCAAGUGUAGCAGCUUUGACUUUGAAAGAACGUGUGGAAGUGUCUGCCUCUCAGAGCACAGGUGUGAGGCCUGUGACACUGGGUACAUUCCCUUUUCAUAACAACCUCGGUACAGGUCAGUUAAUUCAGAAACACACAAACACGCUGAGAUCGGGCUCAUGACACACAAAGAAGUUGAUUGUUUUGAGGGGUGUUGUUGUUGUUGUUGUUGUAUGUUAUUGUCUUCAAAGGAGAAGAAGCCGUAAGAUUUGCUGGCAGCCAAAGUAUCAUUCAGAAAAGUGAAGCAAUAAGGCUUAGGUUGACGAGAGAUACAUCAGUUUGCAUAUUGGCCUAUUCAAUGUCUAGCUUCCAGAACAGAAUGGACAGGUUCUUCCAAAUUGUACACAUUUUGCUCAUUAGAAAUAUCUUGGGAUGUCUCACGGUCACAACUUUUCAACUAGCAUCAGGUAUUUUGGAAAAGCGUGCCUGGAUCUAUUAACUCUUGUUUAAACUGAAUGUAUGAUAUUUUGUUAGAAUGGAAAAGUACUAUCGCGUUAAUUUAAGUGUUUUAAAUACAGUUGUAUAUUUUUCCUACUCUUAGUCACAUGUAAUUGAAAUAUUUCUGUUUUGCAUCAUAACAGAAAGCCAACGAAAAAGAGUGUUCAAGGUGUUUUCAGAUUUACGAGUGACCACCAUGGCUGGUGCCACCCUGAGUGCUAUUGUUAAAAACAAACUAAACCCACGCAUUUUGGGAUUUUAUGGAUUAGAAAUGGGAGUGUCCAGGAAGCGUGUGUAAAGUAACAUUACAUUUGGGAAAUUUUCUGAGGCACGUCCCUAGGCAGAGCUUGGUACUCCCUAUUCAAAAGCAUACCCCAUUUCUCCCCCCUGCCCAUACCACUGGAAUUGUUUACUUGGCUGAUCUUCCAGAAAUUCAACACAUUGGAGAUUCCUGGAGUUAGUAAAUAUCUAUCUUCCCUUUAAAAUGCUCCUGAUGGGCUUAAGGGGACAGGUAUUUGUAUGAUUGAAUUCAGCCAGGCUGGCAUGUUGUCCACCUGUAAGGAAAUUGCAGGGAGAGUAUGGAUGUGUCGUGGGGAAUGGAAAGGAGUUUGGCGAAGCAAGGGCAGAAGAGGCCGGGACGUGUGAUUCAUCAGGUGCUUAACAACACAAUGGAAGGGCCAAGCAUGGGGGCCGGGAGGUCUGCUAAUAGGGCCCUGGCGACUAGGAGGCAGCUGUGGCAAAGGACCCAGCUCCUGCCCGUUUCACUGUUAGCUGGAGCUGGCCUGACGCCCAGAAAGUGGGGCGGCAGCACUUCCUGUCACUCCCUGGAUUUAGGGGAGGACUCUAAGUGCUCUAGUUGGGCUGAGUAGUAAGUAAAAUAGCUUUGGAGGUCUUAGCUGGAGAUUAACUCCUUUUCUGUGGAGAAAAUGCCACUUGUGAUCCAAUGACCAGCCUGAAAAUGAGUUUUCAGAGAUCAGUCUUAACGAUAGGCAGUGCCCAAUUUAAAUUACUCUAUCAGAUGGGUGUUUUUCGGACUGUUCCCUGAAGCCCUAAGGGAAGGCCGGAAACGUUCCCGGGUUCCCUGCCUUCAGUCAGCCUCCACAGCUUCAUGUUUAUUUUUAUUUGGGGUUUUCUCCUGAAUUGUGUUUGAGAAAUAGAUUGCUUCUUUAAAAAAAAGUUUAUGUGUAUCUCUACUGCUGAGAUAUAGAAAUAAUAACUUAAUACUUGUUUCUUAGAAACUGAUGGAAAACGCUUGCCUCAGUAGUAACCCAGGUUUAAUGGAGGACAUGUGUUAACAUAUGAAGAUGCGGAAUGACACUUUUUGACAUGAUACUUCAAAACUGUGAUUUUUUUAAAACUACUGCCAGACCCAAUUCAACACACGCCCCUUUUUAUAAUAAGGAUUUUAAAAUGCUACCACAGUCAUUAAGUGAAAAUCAAGGAUGGUAAAACCUACCUUUGCACACCAACGUGUCACCCCCAUUUACUAUUCCAAAAUGAAAUUAAUAGGAAUUAUAACUGCCCUCUGUACACAUACGUCAAUUUAAUGUCCUAAUGGAAGUAUAAACAUAUAAAUAUAUAAAUAUUUUCUAAUGAACUAAUUAUUUUGAUAUGUAAAUGCUCUAGCAUGAUUAUAUCACAAGAUGUGGUGAAAUAAUGAAACGAGGCUCAUUCUUGUAUGUAUAUAUAAAAUCACCACAGACAUGGCAGCUACAAAGACAGAACAGUAGAGGCCUGUUAUGUUGGCAUCUCAAUGCCAAGAACAGACCUACGUCAGCAAUAUGAUUUUCUAAAAUGUGGCCAAUUCUAGACAAAACAGAAAUCUAAUAGCGACACACAUAGAGUGCUUGCUGGGUGCCUGGCAUCAUUCUAAAUAUUUAACAGCUUCAUGAGAUGGGUGCCACUGUUGUUCCCAUUUUAUAUGCCAGGAGGUAGCCAAGGGUAUGCAGCUGAUAACAAUAGAGCUGGGAUUAAAUCUGAAGCAAACUAGCCCUGGUGUCCUUGUGCGUAAUCAUUGCUGUUCAGGCUUCCCUCAACAUACAGAAUGCUCUAAAAGCAUUCCUGAAAAAUUCAACACGUGUUAAAACUGGGCCAAGAAUUCCCUGUGUGUUUAUAGAUAAAAUAAGGUCUAGAGCCUCACGUAAUUCUAAACUGGGUUUCCCCCUACAGAAGCAUUUGGUGGGGCCAUUGAAAGUUGUUGAUGGGAGACUCCUUUGUUAGGGCUCUAACCCACAGGGUAUAUGCAAUAUCCUAGCUCCAUCUGUUACCACUUGUGGCCCUCCCAGUCAUUGGCACCUUAAAAGCCCUCACGUUUCCAAAACCACCUCUAGGGAGCGGUACCAUCCCUUUGAGAACAAAUGAUUUUUUAAAAAUCCUGUUAUCGUCAUUAUGUGUCAUUUCAGUCUUCAUGCUAUGUAUUUGUCCAUUUUCCACCUGUUUCUCUCUCCUUAGUUCUCUCCCUACCUAACCCGGAAGUUGUAGAAUGAGUUUUGUGGGCGUUGUUUUUGUGACUGAUUUCCCCUCUGAAAGUCAAGCAGUUGUUGCCUUCUCUGGUCCAAAGACCAUGAAUAUUCAAACACAUGGAAUAACAAACAAAUUUCAGUUUGUGAGCUUUCAGAGAGCCCUGAGACGUAUUGACACAUAACUUUUGAUCCUCUAAAGAGCUUGAGUAAGGAAAUCUCUGACAUUUGAAUAUUACGAGCAAAGAAUAGCCAUCAUAACUGAACAAACAAAACAAAAAACAAAAAAGAAUAACCAUCAUGUUGGUUUUUUUUUGCCACCAUGGCAUGAAUGGGAUGGCCACAGAGCCCUAAUUUGGAUGUUUUCACGUAGCGUAUCUGUGAUUAGUCUUUACAGAAAAGUGAUUCCCUUUCUGCCCCCACCCUUGUGAACAGAAUCAUUGUAUAAUUUCCUUUGGGAUGAGACUACAGCCAGCUGCUUCCUUGGAGAGUAUAUGGGAGGCGGACACCUUGAAAAGGAAUAAGCUACUUUUGGUAUGGCCACUUUUGGGCUUGGGCAAUGGCACUUGAUUUUAUUUAUUUUUGGAGUUACUCUGCUUGUGUAAUUUUUUAUACAUUCAUGCGAAUCACUUGGAAGGUGAGUAUUUACAAAUUUAUUGAUUAAAACUGGCUUAAAGUGCACACAGAAGCUGACCUUUCUGAUGUUUCUUCAAAUAUGUGAAAGGCCUUGCAUGGUGAAGCCUAGUAAGACCAUAGGACGUGUUUUGUGAUCCCUAACGGGACUUAAAUAUAGAAUUUAUAACCUGUAGGAUAUGGGAUUAGAAAAAAAUAUUCAUCUUACUCUAAAAUUCACCUUAUCAUUUUCUGGAAAUUUCUCAACUGCUAAGUUUUGCCUUAGGAGUUUUAUUUAGUUUUGGACAGAAUUAUUGCUGGAAGUGUGCUGGUUUGACAAAGAUUUGAGAAAUGUGAGGUUUAACAUACAAGUAAAGUAAAGGAAAAAGAUUACAGCAAAUUCAGGUUUGCCAGAAGGCUGUUUUUCUCUAGUUUUAGGGAUGUGCGGUCUACCCCAAACCAUGUGUGAGUGUGUAUGUAUAGAAGAGAAUUUUUUCUAACUACAAAAGCCCUUCUGUAAUAAUGUCCUGUGGCUUACUGAUGAGGAAAGAGGAGAGAGCUCUUGUCCGCAAUCAACAAAAUAAUGUCACUUAGCCAGGAGGCAGUCACACGGUCUUUCAGAACUUUUGGGGCACCUACUCAGCUCGCCUUAGAAAUGCACAUGGUGUUGGGUUAUUAGGAACUAGAUCCUGGCUGUAACCUGAUCAUCCCUAGGCAUAAUCUGAAAUUUUACGGCAAUGUUUAAGGAAGCUCAUCUUCUGGGUCACUCGACUCCUCAUACGCUACAGCUGAGUAAGGUGGGUUUGUAUCCUUCGUUGUCUCCUGGGACCCCACCUGCUUCUCUGGAGUCACUGCUCAGAGGAAGACGGUUCACAGCUGGAUUGUUUAGGUCAGGCUUGCAGCCGGAUAUCACACACGCUGUCCUUUACCGCGCCUCUUGUUUCUCUGAAAAGUUGUGAAACUGAACCUGUAGGGAAAAGGAAGAUGGAAACCUCAGAGCUGCUUUAAGAAGGGAUUCAGCCCUCCUGAAAUCCAGGGAUCCAGGAAUACGGAUAUUCUCAUUUCCUCCCCCCUGCUUCAGAGCAUUGUAAGCACGCAAGUGUGGGUGAAGGAAUGAUUAAAGGAGAGAAAACGGGAAAAAAAUCAUUUAAGGGAUUAAUUAGGUAACUAUUUUUAGGGUGACAAAGACUGGAUUUUAAGAUAUUCCUUCACCGUUUUGACAUAUCUUGGUCUGAACAUUUUGAUUUGUUUUAAACAUGAAAGAGCUUUAAAAAUGAAAUUUAAUAUAAAGUAGUAUUGUCUAUCAAGUAAGAAACUGUCCUUUUAAUUUUGUGGGUGUCGGGUUCUGUUUUCUUACUCAUAUGUACCUCUCUGUCAUUCCAGCUGAGGCUGUGCUUGGAUAAGAGUGGAUAGAUUUCAGGAAUUCGUACUCAUUUAGAAGCCUUUGACUUUUGGAAAUUGGCUUCAAGUAGUUAGAAGCAGUCGGGGGCUCAGGUUUUGAAGUCAGGUAACCCAGCUGUUCCACUUUACUGCUUACAAGCUCUGCGACUUGAAGUAAGUUACUUAUCUCUCUGUUCCCCAGUUAUCUAUGAAAUGGGGAUAAUAACAGACUCUACUUCGUGGGCUUAUGGGGAUUAGAGUGGAUAAUAUUUGCAAGGCCCUGAGUGUAAUCUAGAGCAUGGAACUUAAUAUUCUAGUAGUAGAGUUUAUGGCAUCUUAACCUCUAGUAAGUAAGGCCUCUUCAGAACCAGUCAGCAGGGAAUUGCUCAUUCUUUUGUCUAUAACCAGCAAAAUAUUGCCAUUGUCACACCAUCAGAAGGCUGCUGUGUAGUUUGUGGGCUGGAAAUGCGGUUUUUAGUGGUGCAAAUCGGAGCUACCCAGAGGUUUUGGCUGAGUCAGAACUCAGGAAAUGAUGAAAGCCUAUGACUGGACACACUCAGAAUAAUAGAGUAUUAUUUUAACAUUGACUUGAUUUGUCAUUAGCAUACCUUUUCUCUUUAAUUCCCUCCCAAUGCUCUUCCACAAAAUGAUAUAUGGAAACAAAAGAAAUCUAAGCAUUUCCCCCAUCUCCUAGGUGGCUGAAUGAUUUGCCUCCCAUCCCUGGCUUGAAGUGUUACCCCUAAACUUGCUCCUGUGUUUCAUAGCAUUAGAAAACAAGGAAUGAUGCAGCAUGGGACCUAUUUUGAAACGCCUCAGGAAAUAGAACUCUCCCAUAAAUAUAACACUAAGAGACUUUGUGGCCUUGGCAGAAGCUGAAAAUAACAGUCCCUGCAUGCCUCCCCCAACUAAGGAUUUGGUAGGUCCAGGGAAAAAUAGGGAGAGAAACUAUGGGAGGGAUAAAGGGAGCUGGAAAAUGGUUGGUAGGUUCGGCUUUCCUUUGGUUAAUUGAGUUGUGUCUGACUUCCAACCAUCUGGGCUUGAGCAGUGUAUCAGCCAGACUGAGACCAACAGAGGCUUAGCUAAUGCAGACACCGUAGUCGUGAAUGUUGUUUCUGGAAAGACUUUGUGCACAGAGUCUGGUUAUGAUUUCCCACGAGUCGUGGUUUAUUUGUCUGUGCCAUGGGAAUAGAGUGGAACUGUGACUAUACUUUCUGAGGAGAAUUCCCCAGCCAUUUUCUGGCUUGAGCUCUUGUGUUUGUCUCCCUUCUCUGUUAGGUGGAACCAUUUGAAUGUGUGGCUAUUUGGCCAUAAGAA